CCUCCAGCAGCAGGGCUCACCCGUGGAUGCCACCAUCGCGGCUCUGGUCUGCACCAGCGUUGUCAACCCUCAGAGCAUGGGCCUGGGCGGAGGGGUCAUCUUCACCAUCUACAAUGUGACAACAGGGAAGGUGGAGGUCAUCAAUGCCCGGGAGACAGUGCCAGCCCACCACGCCCCGAGCCUGCUGGACCGGUGUGCACAGGCUCUGCCGCUGGGCACAGGAGCCCAGUGGAUCGGGGUGCCCGGGGAGCUCCGCGGCUACGCCGAGGCCCACCGCCGCCAUGGCCGCCUGCCCUGGGCGCAGCUGUUCCAGCCCACCAUCGCACUGCUCCGAGGGGGGCAUGUGGUGGCCCCCGUCCUCAGCCGGUUCCUGCACAAUGGCUUCCUGCGGCCUUCCUUGCAGGCGUCAACCCUGCGCCAGCUCUUCUUCAACGGGACAGAACCCCUGAGGCCUCAGGACCCGCUCCCAUGGCCUGCGCUGGCCACCACCCUGGAGACCGUGGCCACAGAGGGUGCGGAGGUCUUCUACACGGGGAGGCUGGGCCAGAUGCUGGUGGAGGACAUUGCCAAGGAAGGGAGCCAGCUGACGCUGCAGGACCUGGCCAAGUUCCAGCCCGAGGUAGUGGACGCCCUGGAGGUGCCCCUGGGGGACUAUACCUUGUACUCACCACCGCCACCUGCAGGGGGUGCCAUUCUCAGCUUCAUCCUCAAUGUGCUAAGAGGGUUCAACUUCUCAGCAGAGUCUGUGGCCAGGCCUGAGGGGAGGGUGAACAUGUACCACCACCUUGUGGAGACACUCAAGUUUGCCAGGGGGCAGAGGUGGAGGCUGAGGGACCCUCGCAGCCACCCAAAGCUCCAGAAUGCCCCCCGGGACCUGCCGGGGGAGACCCUGGCCCAGCUCAUCCGCCAACAGAUCGAUGGCCGGGGGGACCACCAGCUCAGCCACUACAGCUUGGCCGAGGCCUGGGGCCACGGGACAGGCACGUCCCAUGUGUCUGUGCUGGGGGAGGAUGGCAGCGCCGUGGCUGCCACCAGCACCAUCAACACACCCUUUGGAGCGAUGGUGUAUUCACCACGGACAGGCAUCAUCCUCAACAACGAGCUCCUGGACUUAUGCGAGAGAUGCCCCCGGGGUUCCGGCAACACCCCCUCACCUGUGAAUGGAGACAGGGUGGGUGGAGCUCCCGGAGGGUGCUGGCCCCCAGUUCCAGGUGAGCGGUCCCCGUCCUCCAUGGUGCCCUCCAUCUUGAUCAACAAAGCCCAGGGGUCGAAGCUAGUGAUUGGCGGGGCUGGCGGGGAGCUCAUCGUCUCUGCCGUGGCCCAGGCCAUCAUGAACAAGCUGUGGCUUGGCUUUGACCUGAGAGCGGCCAUUGCAGCCCCCGUCCUGCAUGUCAACAGUAAGGGCCAUGUGGAGUACGAGCCCAGCUUCAGCCAGGAGGUGCAGAGGGGACUCCAAGACCGUGGCCAGAACCAGACCCAGAGGCCCUUCUUCUUGAAUGUGGUCCAGGCCGUGUCCCAGGAGGGGGCCUGUGUGUAUGCCGUCUCGGACCUGAGGAAGGGUGGGGAGGCCGCAGGCUACUAAGACACUGCUCUGCCCAGAGCUGAAGUCCGGCCCCACCAUGGGUCCUAUGUCCAGGCCGGACAUGGCUGGGGGACCAAGUACUCUGGCAGGAUCUGGACCCCUGGCAGGGGAGUCCAGCUGAGAGUGGAAGAGGUGGCAGGGACCAGCUGGGCAGAUGGGAGGCUGAGCCUCUUCCCUGACCCCCUUUCCCAGAGCCCCUGGUGGCCCUGAACUGGCCCCUCUAUCCCUCCGCAGGCCUCUUGCCUGGGGCCACUCUCCCACCCGCUCAACCUGUAUAUCCUCCAGUUCAAGAUUAAAGAAGAGGCGGACUGUGGCCUGA